ACCCAAAUUUUCCUCGAACCCACACAAUAAAUACCCCACACAUCUAAUUGAAUUCUUCUUCUUUCCCCUUCACAUUAUUCUCCUAUUUUUCUCUGUUGCAUACAUAUUUUUCUCCAUACAAAGGCCCAUGGCGGAGGCGACGCUGCUCUCAGAUCUCGGCACCCAAAUUAUCAUACCUAUUUGCGCGCUAGUCGGCAUAGUUUUCGCCCUCGUGCAAUGGAUGCUCGUGGCCAAGGUGAAGAUCUCCACCGGAAAAUCAAAUUCCGCCGACGGGAAUAAUGGAUUCACCGAAGCCCUAAUCGAGGAGGAGGAAGGCAUCAGUGAACAUUCCGUCAUUCGCAAGUGCGCCGAUAUCCAAGCCGCCAUAUCCGAAGGCUCGACAUCGUUCCUUUUCACAAUGUACCAAUAUGUCGGAAUCUUCAUGGUUGCGUUCGCCUUAUUAAUCUUCCUCUUCCUCGGAUCAGUCAAAGGAUUCAGCACAAGCCAUCAACCCUGUGCGUACGACAGCACCAAAAUGUGCAAGCCCGCCCUAGCGACAGCUGUCUUCAGCACAGUAGCCUUCCUUCUCGGAGCUGUCACCUCUGUGAUCUCCGGUUUUCUUGGAAUGAAAAUCGCCACCUAUGCGAAUGCUCGAACCACCUUAGAGGCAAGAAAGGGUGUUGGAAAGGCUUUCAUAGUUGCAUUUAGAUCUGGUGCAGUUAUGGGCUUUCUCCUGGCUGCAAAUGGUCUUCUCGUUUUGUUUAUCACCAUCAAUCUCUUUAAGUUAUACUAUGGUGAUGAUUGGGAAGGUUUGUUCGAGGCUAUAACUGGUUAUGGCCUUGGUGGUUCUUCGAUGGCUCUCUUUGGUAGAGUUGGUGGAGGUAUCUACACUAAAGCUGCUGAUGUAGGCGCUGACCUCGUCGGCAAGGUGGAGCAGAACAUUCCGGAAGAUGACCCCAGAAACCCUGCGGUUAUUGCGGAUAAUGUCGGUGAUAAUGUUGGAGAUAUUGCUGGAAUGGGGUCGGAUCUUUUUGGCUCGUACGCAGAAGCUUCGUGUGCUGCUCUUGUUGUUGCUUCAAUCUCGUCUUUCGGAAUCAAUCAUAACUUUACUGCUAUGCUGUUUCCUCUUCUGGUCAGCUCUGUUGGAAUCCUCGUUUGUUUGCUCACCACAUUGUUUGCAACCGAUUUCUUCGAGGUCAAGGCAGUCAAUGAGAUCGAGCCCGCAUUGAAGAAGCAGCUCAUUAUCUCCACAAUACUGAUGACAGCUGGAAUAGCUUUCGUUAGCUGGAUCGCUCUUCCUUCGUCCUUCACUAUAUUCAAUUUCGGUGUGCAGAAAGAAGUUCAAAGCUGGCAAUUGUUCUUGUGUGUGGCGGUUGGUUUGUGGGCGGGCUUGAUUAUUGGAUUCGUCACAGAGUACUACACGAGCAAUGCUUAUAGCCCGGUGCAAGAUGUUGCAGACUCGUGCCGUACAGGGGCGGCUACGAAUGUGAUUUUUGGGCUAGCGUUAGGUUACAAAUCGGUUAUUAUUCCGAUAUUCGCAAUCGCGAUUAGCAUUUUCGUUAGCUUUAGCUUUGCUGCAAUGUACGGGAUUGCGGUGGCUGCACUUGGAAUGCUGAGUACAAUAGCAACUGGAUUGGCUAUCGAUGCGUAUGGUCCAAUCAGUGACAAUGCUGGGGGUAUCGCUGAGAUGGCAAGGAUGAGUCACACUAUUCGAGAGAGGACCGAUGCACUUGAUGCUGCUGGGAAUACCACUGCAGCCAUUGGGAAGGGAUUUGCAAUCGGGUCUGCAGCUCUCGUUUCCCUAGCCCUAUUCGGUGCAUUCGUGAGCCGUGCUGACAUCACAACCGUAGAUGUACUAACUCCAAAAGUGUUCAUUGGUUUGAUAGUGGGUGCAAUGCUCCCUUAUUGGUUCUCUGCCAUGACAAUGAAGAGCGUCGGCAAAGCUGCUCUUAAGAUGGUCGAAGAAGUUCGCCGACAGUUUAACACAAUCGUGGGUAUAAUGGACGGUUCUGGUAAACCCGACUAUGCGACAUGUGUCAAGAUCUCAACGGACGCUUCCAUCAAGGAGAUGAUUCCUCCCGGUGCUCUUGUCAUGCUCACUCCACUCAUUGUCGGAAUAUUCUUUGGCGUCGAGACUCUUUCCGGUGUUCUUGCUGGAUCUCUCGUCUCUGGUGUCCAGAUUGCUAUCUCAGCCUCCAACACAGGUGGUGCAUGGGACAACGCCAAGAAAUAUAUCGAGGCGGGUGCUUCGGAGCAUGCACGCAGCCUAGGUCCAAAAGGAUCCGAUCCACACAAAGCAGCUGUGAUCGGAGACACGAUCGGUGACCCACUCAAGGACACAUCUGGACCGUCACUUAACAUUCUCAUCAAGCUUAUGGCUGUUGAAUCUCUCGUUUUUGCUCCGUUCUUUGCUGCACACGGUGGAUUGCUCUUCAAGAUCUUCUGAAGUGUAAGGCAAACACAAAAUCUCUGCCCCCCCCCCUAAUUUAUCCUGUCAUGAGUAAUAAUCUUUUUUUUUUUUUUUUUUUUUUGAGGUUUCGAAUAUAAAUUUUGCCAUGAUUAAUUAGUAUGUUCGAAUCUUGCCAAUAGUUGGGACACUGUUUUAUUAUUGUUAUUAUUAUUAUUAUUAUUAUUUUUUACUUUACUCUUUGGGUUUAAUAUUAUAUGUAUAAAUUGAAAUAUUUCAAGUGUUGGUUCAGCCCAUGUGCCCAAAUCCUAAUUCACGUUGCACCCAUUUGUUUGUAAAAGUUUUUCAGAUUGUAUUUAUUUAAUCAUGAUCAUUGUAUUU